UGGGUUUGGUGUUUGACUUGAAUGUUGAUGAGUCUUCUCUCUCUUCCUUGCCUUCCUUGCUUUGCUAAUUGCUUUGGGUGUUGGUCAUUGGUAAUUGUUGGUACCCUUCUGCCCUUCUCUAACUUCUCAGAGAAGAGAGACUAGUAUCACAAUCUGCGCCUCCUUGCAGACCGUGUGUAUCGGGGCUUCUUUUUUCCCAUUUUUCUCUAUGUUUUUUCUUCUUUACAAUUUCAACUCUUCUACUGGUUUUUCUUUUUAUGCUUUUUCUUGCUUUCAGUCCUUCUCUUUCUCAAUCAAAGUUUGCUCCUUUUUUCUAUGUAUAUACUCCAUUUUAUCAUCUAAUAUCAUCAAAAUCUUUCUUGGGUUAUUACAGUUCGGGAAUAACAAUAUAAUCUUUUGGUUUUCUCAUACAGAUCCAUCUAUUUUUUCUCACUUCUUCACUCACUGCUCUUUUUGCUCUAGAACUGGAUUAACUUUGGGUGAAUCACUUCUGGAGUUUAGUUUUUGUAAUUAGGUAGAUGUGGUAUUUGUAGAAACCCCUAAAAAUUGUUGUGAUAGAUUAGUCUUAUGGUUGAACUUACUGUGAUUGAUUUGGUGUUCAAACGUUAACUUUUGGAGGGCAUAUAGAGUUAUAGUUGAGCUACAAACUUGAAGAAGUGUUUUUGGAGAGGCAUGUAUAAAAAGUGAAGUGUAGUUUCUGUUUUCGGUGUGAAUAGAAUGGGCGGGAUAUGCUCUAGGAGGGCGAUUGUUGAUAAUGUACCUAGUAGUAGUUAUUCACAAAAUGGGGGUAGUAUUUUCAAUGCCGGAGCAUUUGUAGAAUCGAAUGCGUUGCCUGGAAAAGUAAAAAGUGGCUCAAGUCCUUCUAAUGGCGAGGAGAACGUGGAUAAGCAGCCAAGGGAGCCCUUUUCGUUUCCGGAAUUUGAUGCCAUUACAGAUGGAAUCAAUGAAAGCUCCAUUGAGACAUACAGUGAUGCCGUUGAUGAUGGAAUUCCACGAUUUGGUAGAGUUUUAUCGCAGAAAUCUCGGUCUACAAAGUCUAGGCAAGUCGCUGUUGGAAAGGUGUCAGAGAUGAGCUCUCUUUUGGGUAAAGCUGGUACUGUUGGGCUUGGCAAAGCAGUAGAAGUUUUAGACACACUCGGUAGUAGCAUGACAAGCUUGCACCUCAGUAGUGGUUUUGUUUCAGGUGUCACUACUAAAGGAAAUAAGAUAGGGAUAUUGGCGUUUGAAGUUGCCAAUACAAUUGUAAAAGGUUCAAACCUUAUGCAGUCGCUUUCCAAGGAAAAUGUCAUACAUCUUAAGGAGGUAGUGCUUCGGUCUGAAGGGAUCAAAAGUUUAAUUUCUAAAGAUAUCGAUGAAUUACAAAGGAUUGCUGCCGCUGACAAGAGGGAAGAGUUGAAAGUAUUUUCUGGGGAGGUCAUUCGCUUUGGAAAUCGUUGUAAAGAUCCUCAAUAUCACAAUUUGGAUCGUUAUUUUGAGAAAUUGGCUUCUGAACUCACUCCACAUAAACUGAAAGAUGAAGCUGAGACGAUAAUGCAAAAUCUAGUGACAUUAGUUCAGUACACUGCAGAGUUGUAUCAUGAGUCACAUGCUUUGGACAGAUUUGAACAAGAUUACAAAAGGAAACUUCAGGAGGAAGAAAAUCCUAGCACAGCUCAAAGAGGAGACAGCCUGGCAAUCCUAAGGGCAGAAUUGAAGAGUCAAAGAAAGCACGUCAGAAGUUUGAAAAAGAAAUCACUUUGGUCCAGGAUUCUGGAAGAUGUGAUGGAGAAGCUUGUUGACAUAGUCCACUUUUUACAUUUGGAAAUUCAUGAAGCCUUUGGCAGUGCUGAAGCAGAUAAACCAAUAAGGGCAUCUUCGAAUAACCAUCAAAGAUUAGGUUCAGCUGGCCUGGCCUUGCAUUAUGCAAAUAUCAUUACUCAAAUAGAUACUCUUGUCUCUCGCUCAAACUCUGUACCACCAAACACGAGGGAUGCUUUAUACCAGGGACUGCCUCCGAACGUCAAGGCUUCUUUGAGAUCAAAAGUGCAGUCAUUUCAACUUAAAGAAGAGUUUACUGUCCAACAAAUUAAAGCGGAGAUGGAGAGAACCCUCUAUUGGCUUGUUCCCAUUGCUACAAACACCACAAAAGCACAUCACGGAUUUGGUUGGGUCGGAGAAUGGGCAAAUACCGGCUUCCUCAGUUCGGACGUCAACCGAAAAACUGCAGGCCAAAACGACUUGCUCAGAAUCGAGACACUAUAUCACGCCGAUAAGGAGAAAACGGAGACGUACAUCCUCGACCUAGUGGUGUGGCUCCAUCAUCUCGUCAGCCUAUCUAAAGCUACUUCUAGUUGUGGAACUCGAUCUCCUAUCAAAUCCCCGAUGCGCUCUCCCAACCAAACGACCCUACAACUAUCUCCACAUAAAACGACAUGCCCGUCUCCUACACUCUCGAUAGAAGACCAGCAGAUGCUUUGUGAUGUGACGAAGAGGAAACUUACUCCCGGGAUCAGUAAGAGCCAGGAGUUCGAUACGGUCAAAAGUCAUUUAAGUAAACAUCAAAGAUUGAGCAAGAGUAAUAGCCAUUCUCCUACAAGAGAAACUAAAAGAGAGAUAUAUUCUAUUCGACGUCCUUCAUCCGUUCCAAUCAUCGAUUUUGGUAUUGACCGGAGCAAAGCGUUGGAUGUCAUUGACCGAGUGGAUACGUUAUAGUGUGCUUGGGAUUUGUGAAUACGAAGGCGGGUUUUUCGCCCAGGACGAGGAAAAUGACUUUUGAAUGAAAAAUGAGAAAUUCAAUUGAAAACCCAGAAACAAAAUUAGGGGGCAAAAUGUAUUGUAUUUUCCAGAGAAUUCAGAUUUGCUGCUGAGAGGUGAGAUUACAUGGUUUUUGUCAGAUCAACAUGAUGUACAGAAUACUUUGAUUAUAAGUGGAAUAAUUGAAAAAAAAAAAAAUUGUUCUA